GCGCCAUCCUAUGCAUGCGGACUGCUUCAAACGAUAUGUUGAUUAGGAAGGGUUGCUUGAGUGUCAUAUGUAGACAUAAAUAGGAAUAGCUACGAAAGAGGUACCAUAGCAUGACAAGUCAAGACGCUGUCUCAACUACAACUAAGUUAGUGGAGGAAGUAGGUGAGGCUCAUUGUGCAGUAUCCAUAACCUAACCUAGCCUUAGUUGGUGCCAUCUUUGGUCAUCGCAAUCACUAAGCAAAAAUCACUACAACCACUAGAGGCAACAAUCACUACAACCACUAGAGGCAACAAUCACUACAACCACGAGAGGCAACAAUCACUAAAUAAGUGAUUAGAGCAAUCGGCUACUAACUUUAUUCCUCAACACUUUUUAUUCCCUUUCUAAUAGAAAAGUGUUGCUGCUGUGUCACCAGCUCGCGCUAUAGUACAGAUGGGCCAGACCACUCGAGGGAGCAGCCUGCGUCAGCCUCCGACAGAUAUUAGAUUAAGGCUUUCUCUAAUGCAUCUUCUAUCCGCAGGAGGGUUUCCAAGGUCUGGAAAAUGCGCACAGGAUGCGUCUUGAGAUGGAUUAAGGUGCGCUCUAAAUAGGGGAGGGCCUCGCCUGGAUGACGCAGCAAGAGCACGCUUCGUUAUGUCAUUAGAUUCGGCGUUUCCGAUAGGUGGGCAAUCUCCGAGAAUCGGCACAGCUUUUCCUGAAGGAGCCGUAGCAUCAGCAGUCGAUACUACUACAACAUCUAGAGAGGAGUUAGAUAGAGCAGCGGAGCCGGAGGUGCAAGCAAGGGCAUCAGGUCCUCUAGGUGGAAUAGAUGUUAAUCAGCGUCGUACACGCCCUCUCGCAAGUACUAGUAGAGAUCAACGUAGUGCACGCCCGUCAAGUAGAAGCACUAGAGGACGUCGCAGCAGCCGCACUGCAGAGGCUCGUUUAGAAGCUUGCCCUUUCGACAUAGUGUGUCCGACAUGUCGUUGCGUUUUUACUGGGCAGAUUCAACCUCUACUAGAAAAAGCAGAAUGCUGUACGCAG